AUGGUGAUCGUCAGGCUGCUUAAUGGGCCUCCGACGGGUAGGUCCCUGAUCGGCAUCCCAAGAACGAGGGAUCCAGUCAACGAUGAAACCGAGCCAUGGUUUUUUAUCAACGGAAUAGCCACCGGGUAUAUCAUUGUCCAGCAGCAAAGAAAGAACUGUGCUGAUCGAUAUAGGAAACACUGGCACCAGUCGAACCUAACCGCGCUGGCAGACACCUUUGGCCGGCAGAUCGUGGGCAUCCACAACCCAACCAAAGGCGUGAUCCUCGAUCUCGUUGAAUGCCUCAUCCAGCGCGAUCUCGACUACAAAACAGCUGACAUCCGACAAGGACGCGCCCAGCUCCGCGCCGCUCUCGCCGCAUCCACCACGAAGAAAGUAGUCCUCAUCGUCCACUCGCAAGGCGGCAUUGUCGCGUCCUCGAUCAUCGACUGGCUGUAUGGCGAGCUCAGCGAGCCCCAGAUACAGAAACUAGAGAUAUACACCUUCGGCAACGCAGCGAGGCAAUUCCGCAAUCCGCCUCUGCACGAGCAGCCAGACAACGAUCCGGCUGGCAAUGUGCCCCGCCGACAGAUCCAAGGAGAGAGAGCAAUCCGGCAUAUUGAACACUACGCAAACACACAGGACUUCGUGGCUAAUAUUGGAGUGCUGCAGUUCACGUCGCCUGCGGGCGCGUAUUCAAAUGCGAGUGUGUUUUCUGGGACUGUCUUUGUCCGGGAGGGGUCGGGGCAUUUGUUCAAUAUGCACUAUCUGGAUCCGAUGUUUGGGGACGAUAGUGCUUUUAUGGAGAGUAUGGUCAAUGUGCGGCCUGGUGAUGGACCGGGGAAGACUGUCUCCAUGCGAAUCAGGGAGCUCUCCAGGCUGUACAGGUACAAAAAGGGGGAAAGUCCGGAGGAUCAGGAUGCUACGUGA